AUGCCUCCCAAGAACGUCAGAGUUGCAAGGCCAGUUGCGGCCAUCCAGAGAGCGACACGACGGGUCACUAGGUACCGUGACGCCUAUGGGGUUCAAUUGCCCAAUGGUGAAGCCGCAUCAGGGGCGGGGGACAACCCCAUACCACCUGGGGUGGGUCAGAAUCCGCCACCACCGCCACCACCCCCGGCAGCGCCUGCAGUGGUGCACGCCCCAGGCCCCAACUAUUGGGACAUGCUGAGACAUAUGAAGAGUAUGCAGACGGAGUUUUUCAAUGGAAAGGCCGAUGCAAUUGUCGCGGAUAACUGGAGAUGUCAACUUGAGAGGAACUUCGCUUCUGUAAGGUGCCCACCGAAGUUCCGUAGGGAUCUGGCUGCCCACUAUCUUAAGGACGACGCGCUAGUGUGGUGGGACGAAGUGGUCGAAAGGGCACACGGGAUACGACUGACCUGGGAUGACUUCCUGGAAGCAUUCAAUGGGAAGUAUUUUCCUUUGGAAGCUAUGGACGCAAAGGAAAGCAAGUUUCAGGACAUCCGUCAGGGGACAAGGAACGUGAGAGACUACGGAGACGAGUUCAACCGACUUCGGAGAUUUGCGGGCCACUACAUGAGUGAUCAUGACUUAAUCCGCUGGUUCCUCAAAGGAAUGAGGGUAGAACUGAGGAACAGCUGCAACGUGCGGGACUACCGUGAUGUCCAUGAACUGAUCGAGAAAGCCGCAGAACAAGAAUCGGGGCUUGAGGAGGAGCGGAGGCAGAACUAG